CCCGCGAAAACGGUUAAAACGUUAACGGCGCGAGUUCGCUUUAAACACACACAUACACGUAUACGUAUGAACGAAUAAAAAGUAGAAGUGGAAGCAGAAAUAUCAAACAAUUUGAAGUGCGCCUGCGUUUACGUCUUUGCAUACGGCUAUCUCUUUAUCUCUAUCUCGCGCUCGUUCUUGCACACACACUUGAUCACGAGAGCCGCCACGAUCCGCAGCAAUUAUCUUUGUUUUUGAUUGAUUUCAAACUACAAACACACACACAAACACACACGCAUACUAAAAUAAAAAGUGCAAGUAAAAAAAACUAACAAGCAAACAAAUUGAAUAAAUGAUAUUGAAAUCAUUGCAAAAAGUGAUAAAAACAACAAGCUAAGGCUAAGAAUAACAAUAACAAUUGCAUACAACUGCAACAAUUAACGGAUUGUUUAUUUAAGCGCCAUGUCCACGCCUACAACACCCAAGACGCCCACACCGCCCACAUUGCCACCGGGCGUAACCAAAACAUGCCACAUAGUGAAGCGUCCCGACUUCGAUGGCUAUGGCUUCAAUUUGCACUCGGAGAAGGUGAAGCCAGGACAGUUUAUUGGCAAGGUCGAUGACAAUUCGCCUGCUGAGGCGGCUGGACUGAAGGAGGGCGAUCGCAUACUGGAGGUCAAUGGCGUGUCCAUUGGCAGCGAGACACACAAACAGGUGGUGGCACGCAUUAAGGCCAUAGCCAAUGAGGUGCGACUGCUGCUGAUCGAUGUGGAUGGCAAGGCGAUGGAACUGCCCGCCAUGAGCAAUGGCAACGGCAGCAGUUCGCCCUGCUAUGAGGGUACCAAGCAGGAGAUGCCGGGCGCCAGUGCCAACAUUAGCAGCAUCAGCGUCAUGAGCACAAAGCGCGUGAGCAAUGCCAGCAGCGUUAGCACUAUGAAUGCCAGCGAUGUGGAUGUGGUGGACAGAGGCAUGCCCAUGCCACCGCUAGCGCCAGUUGCUGAUCCAAGCAGCAUGCACAACGGCAACAAGUCGCCCAGCAGCAACAGCAACAACAACAACAACAACAGUUUGAUGAGCACGCCGCCACCGCCAUCAGCAACGGUGGCCAUGACUAGCAAUGGCAGCGUUUAUAGCAGCAGCAACAAUAACAACAGCAGCAGCAGCAACAACAACAACAAUAACAACAACAACAGCAGCACAAAUGGCAAUGUCAAUGGCAGCACCCAUGCCACGCCCACUGCAGCAACAAAUCGCGCUGGCAGCUUAAAUUUACCACUAACAGCCGCUGAAAUGCGCGCCAAGCUCGCCUCGAAGAAGAAAUACGAUCCUAAGAACGAAAGCGUUGAUCUUAAGAAGAAAUUCGACAUUAUACAAAAGCUCUGAGAUCGUGCUCCCCCCCUUUCCUCUAUCUAUAUCAUAUGCACACCCAAAACAUUUCUUAACACACCGUACUUGUUAAUUUUUUACACGCAGCGCACAAAAUUAUUCUAAAGUGUACUACACAUUUAAAUAAUAAAUUGUUUUUGAGUUAUUUUCUUUCUACUUCAGCUACGGCAGGCAUUACUUACAAUAUAUAGUUACUAUAUAUAAACUAUAUGUAUUUAGUACGCAAAAGUCACUUAUGAAUUAAGCAAUAUUUU